GCUUACAAAAUAGGUUAGUUUUUAUGUAGGCCCAAGAGAAAUUUCUAAAAGAAUUUAAAUUUUUAAACACAUUUACUAAUAAAAUUAUGAAUUUUAAGUAUUGCCCUUUAAAAGCAAUUAGAAAAAAUUGUAUUUGAUAUAAAGUGCUGUCAAUACAACAAAGAUUUCAAAUGAAGAAUUAUACUAAAAUAGUUUCAAAGAAAUGAUCAAAUAACAUUAUUUAUGAAGAUGGAAGUGAAAAGUACAGACACCAAGCUAUCAUGGUCUGACUUAAAAAGUGUUGUAAAUGAUUUACGGAGGCAGUUGUCCAGUUUAUCUACAAUGGUCCCCACUUCGAUUUCAUUUCGCACGUUACAAGACGGUCGGACUAGAAUUUAUUUUUUAAGUACACCCCAGAAUGGUUGGGAAAUGACGUUAUUGUAUACAGAUGUACCUAAUAGUAGUGAAGGGACUAGCUUAAGAUUGCAGUCAAAUUGUGUAAUAGAAGCUAAUUUUCCAAGUUUAUCGUCUUCUAAUAAACAUUCUAGAGAAGAACAAUUAUUAUGGGAAAGGAAGAGGUUAACUACGUGGGGUAUAACGUCGUACGAAAUUCAUAGUGAUUCUGGAAAGAUAGUGUUCCCAGCAGCAAGUAGUUUAUUUCAGUGUCUAGAUAAUGGAUAUUCGGGUUACUUUUUUAAGGCUGCUCCGUUAUUUCCAACUAAAUUAAGGAUGACUUCGUCCGAAGCCAAAUUAAAUCCACAAAUUUGCCAGUCGAAUCCAGAUCUUGUUGCUUACAUUUGUAAUCACGACAUAUGGGUCGCACAUACAAUUUCAGGUUGCAAUGUGCGACUAACUUAUGCUCAUAAAGGGGAUAGGAGUCUUGCGGAUGACCCAUUAUGUGCAGGUGUACCGUCAUAUGUAAUGCAAGAGGAGUUUAAUAGGUAUCAGGGAUAUUGGUGGCAACCCUUAUGUAAAGAUGGAAUAUAUAGAAUACUUUAUGAAGAAGUCGAUGAUGGUGAUGUCAAAAUUUUCUGUUUUCCCUCUUCACAGUCUGACACUGGGGAAGUGGAAGAAUUUCGAUUUCCUAGAGCGGGCUGUGCAAAUUCGAAGUCGUAUCUCAAGAUGAUAGAAUUUAAAGUUAACGAAAAUAGACAAAUUGUAGAUAUUUGUAUGUUAGAACUUCAGUUUUCUCUUUCAAUAUUAUUUCCUUGGAUGGAAUACGUAGUCAGAGUAGGAUGGACCCCUGAUGCAGAGUAUAUUUGGGUUCAGCUCUUGGAUAGGAGACAACAAAGACUGGAUAUUAUAUUGUUAUCACUCAAUAAUUUCUCAGAAGUGCUUCCUAUGUAUGAUAAUGAUACUAAUAGCAUACACCUUGGUAGUCCGAUUGUGCAAGUAAUACUUACACAAGAAUCAUGCAUAUGGGUAAAUGUUCAUGACUUACUAUACUUUCUUCCGUCCACAGAACAUAACGAAGUGCAAUUUGUUUGGGCAUCCGAAGAUACGGGCUAUCGACACUUAUAUCUUAUCACAUCACAAAUUAUGCCAUACACUAAUGGCGUAAUGGAGACGACAGAGCCUAUGGAUUACGUUUUUCUUCAACCAAAAAUAAUUAAAAAGGUUGCACUUACCUCCGGAGAGUGGGAAGUGUUAGGGCAAAAUAUCUGGGUCGAUGGUGAUCGGGAAUUAGUUUAUUUCAUGGGACUUAAAGAAACGCCAAUAGAGAAACAUUUGUAUGUAGUUUCUUUACAGCGACCUGGAGAAGUUAGGCUCUUAACUCGACCUGGUUAUUCAUAUAACAUAUACUUUAACAAGGAAUGCACAAUGAUCGUAGCUGUGUAUAGUAACAUUCAGAAACUGCCCGCUUGCCAAGUCUUUAGGUUAACUCAUACAGAUUGGACAGUGGAUGGUGUUAUAUUAACUCCAAUCGGUUAUCUCCUUGACUCAAUUCCCCUUGUAAAUGAUUCCUACUGUCCCGAAUUAUAUACUCACGAAAUCAAUUCUGGCCAUGUACUGUACGCGAUGGUGUUUAAGCCUCAUAACUUUGAAAUAGGGAAAAAAUAUCCGACUGUUCUUAAUGUAUACGGAGGGCCCGAAGUUCAACUUGUGUCAAAUACGUUUAAGGGAAUGAGGCAGCUCAGAAUGCAUAUGUUGGCCGCAAGGGGAUAUUGUGUCAUAGCAAUUGAUUCUCGAGGUUCUCAGCACCGGGGCCUACUUUUUGAAAGUCACUUGCGAGGUCGAAUGGGAACUGUGGAGUUGAGUGAUCAAGUUGAGGUUUUAAAAUGGCUAGCGGAGACUUUGGGUUACAUUGACUUAAGUAGGGUUGCGAUUCAUGGUUGGUCGUAUGGGGGAUAUUUAAGUUUGAUGGGCCUGAUUCAUCAUCCAGACAUCUUUAAAAUAGCAAUAGCAGGUGCGCCGGUUACAAAUUGGAGUUUAUAUGAUACUGGGUAUACGGAGCGUUAUAUGGAUUUGCCAGAACACAAUCAGCAAGGUUACGUUGAGGGAUCUGUUCUGAACUAUAUCAAUAAAUUUCCAGAGGAGGAGAAUCGUUUACUGAUAAUUCAUGGUCUCAUUGAUGAAAACGUUCACUUUUAUCACACAAGCCAAUUAGUAAAUAGCAUGAUUAAAGCAGGAAAACCUUACCAAUUGCAGAUUUAUCCGAAUGAGCGGCAUUCUUUAAGGCAUUUGGAUGCAAGUAAACAUUACGAAACAACUCUACUUUCUUUUCUACAAAAUAAUUUAUAAACUAUACUUUUUGCAAUAUUUAUUUCAAAUAUAGUCAGAUAUCCACUCAACCAGUAUUAAUUCAAAAUUGUUUCACCGUCAUUGAAUGUAUAUACUAUUUUAUGGCGAAAUUAUUUGACUUCCAAAAUCAUACGUAAUGCAAAAAUAGCUCAAACAAAAUGUCUUUUAUAGCCUCGUAAAAUGCCUCUGUACAUUUUCUAAUGCUUUAUCCGAGGAAUGUUUUAGGUGAUUAACGUAUGAUCCAAAGUAAGUCAAAGCAAGCCUGAUUGUUUCAAUAUUUACUAAUUUUAAAUUAUCUUAUGGUUUGGUUAUUAUAGUACACUAAAAAAAUUCAGUUUAAAUUUUAGGCACAAUAAGAACAACUUUUUGUAUCUUAUCCUUGUUGCUUCGUAACAGUUUUAUGAAGAGCAAAAGUGGUGCAAUAUGUGAAUAUUUGGUGUAAUUUUUAUCAUUUCUACAUUUACUUUAAAGUAAUUUGAUAUUUUUUUAUAAUCUCUGAGCUGAAGUUUAAAGUGAAAGUAAGGCACGGGUGGGAUUUAAUUUAAUAUAACAUUUAUUUAAUUCAUUAUUCGGCAGUUAAGUAAUGAUACUGAAAACACACAAAACAGAAAGGCACUUGAAAUAAUGUACGGAGUGAUUCAUAGUAAGGAACCACACAACCAAAUAUAUUGUUCAACUAGAGCAUUUUAUCAUAACUGCUAACCAUUCAACCAUUUUGCAAGUAAUUGUUUGCAGUUCUUGAAACAAUAUGGAGAAUAUUCUCUUCAGUACUUAAAUUUGUUUGUUGCUUAAACAUAACCUAAAUGUUGUCAACUACAAUAUUUAAAACAAAAAACUUGCGUUAACAUCAAUUUUGUAGUAAGUGUUGGUAAGAGUUUUUUAUUUCCUAAUAUAACUGAGACGGCUUUGAAUUUGGUUGGUGUUAAUCUCAAGAAAAUCAUUAAAUAUUUUGGUAGGACCUUUUUUCGAUAUUAUGGGAGAAUCACAUAUAUUGAUUUGUUUCACCGGAUUGGUAGGUUUUUAUUUCCAAUAUUGCAACAAUUGUUUCCAGGUUAAUUUCAAACACUGAUGUGUUUGGUUAAAUGAUCUUUGUUGGAAUUUUUAACAAAUUUUGCAAAGUGAUUUUUUAUCUACAUUCAAAAAAUCUGAAGAACAUAAUAGUGAAUUAGUGUAAAAAUUUUAAUUGUGGCAACAUAAUAAACUUGGGAUGAUCUUGACAUAAACCCUAAAGGACUCUUAAUCCUCCAAAAAUCACUGAAGAGUAACAAGCGGAAAUCAUUAUAUAAAUAAACACUAAAAAUUGUAGAAUGAGUGAAGAUUCUCACCAAAAUUGUAAAACUAAAGUUGACGAAAAAUAUAGAAAAAUUAAAAAGUUAUUGAAAAUCAAAAAACCUACAAAUUAGUCUCAAUUUCAUGAUGUAACAUAUUAAGAUAAUGGAGAGAUAUAUUACAGAUGUGAAACAUUAAUUGUUUCGAUGGAAAUUAGCUGUCAGAUAUGUUUAAAGGUCAGAUGAAAUAGUGACCCUAAAAAUUGUGAAAAUGAAAAACGUAUGAUUGCUUGUUUUUUAAAAUUUUACAACAAAAGUAAAAUAAAAAAUAUGUUAAAACAAUUGAAAAGAGAAAGUAAGCACAGAGAUAUACAAGAUAAUACAUUGUACAAUAGACAAAUUAAUAGGCACUUAACAAUGUGGCAAACCGUCAUUGCAAAAAUGAAUAAUGAAACAAAUGGAAAAAAUAUAAUUGAUAAAAGUACAAACUUCGAGACUUGCAGUGAAAAUAAUAUUUAUAAACGCAAGACCAUAAAACAAAUAAUUAAAGGCAGCACCUAAAAUUAUUGUUAUUUUGAAUUCUGCAUAUACCUACCUAUUUGUCGAUUUCUUAUUUUGGAGUAUUCGCAACUUCGAGGUGUUGGCAAUAUUUUACCCAAAAUAAAUUAUGAACACAUCCCCCUUAUCUUUCCCGAUGUUAGAUAAUUUUUUAUUUUCAAUAAAAUGAAGGUAAAUGAACAAUAACACCUCGCAAAACAUUACAAGUGUUCUUAUUGUGCUACAAAUCCGAAAGACAACUGAAAGAUAUUUGAUUUAUUCUACAUUACCUUCUAUUAUAACAAUUCAAAUAAGAUGAAAAUGUACAAGUUUGGAUGAGUGAUUUUAAAUAAAUUUUUUUAGUUUAUUCAUUGUAAUUACAUUUGUACAUAAGAUGAGGCAUUGUAACUUGUAACAAGCUUUCUAAGUACCUAUAAUCAUUGUAUAAACUAAAAUUUAAUAUCAAUUCUAUAGGUUUUCGAGCAAUUCAACUGAUUGUUUUUACUGUUGUGAAUAAAAAAUUUGUUAGUAUUUGUGUUUAUUGAACAGAAAAUCCUGUCUUUGUUUUACGAUUUAGGUAUCUAUAAAGGUAGUUGAUUCUUUUAUUUAGUUCGUACCAUUUGGUCGGACGCACAGUAUGGUAUGGCGUUCGCCCUAACAUUUUUCGUUUCCGAAGAAGCACUUGAUAUUCGUUGCCACUGACGCCUCGCAGCCAAUAUGGUACAUUAUAUAAAAUUCUGGUCGGGUGUAACUUUUCGUUUCCUAAAAUAUCUAUGUAAUCGUUUUGACCGAAUAAAGCCCUCUUUUCGUUCCACGCAUCCUUUGGUCUGUAUGUAGGCAUCGGAAGCUUUGGAGCAUUUUUGAGACGCGGUAAUAAUCCACCUUU